GCUGAGAGCAAAGCAGAGCACAGCAGCCUGCAUAAUGACCGGACACCACUGCUGGGGAUAUGGACAGGAUGAUGGGCCUUCUGAGUGGUACAAAUCAUAUCCCAUUGCCCAUGGGCAUCGUCAGUCACCUGUUGAUAUAGUCUCCACGCAAGCAGUUUAUGAUCCUAGUCUGAAGCCUCUUAUUAUCUCAUAUGAAUCGUGUACAUCUCUUGAUAUCUCCAACAAUGGCCACUCAGUCACGGUGGACUUUGAAGAUGCUGAUGACAAGACAGUGAUCAGUGGGGGUCCCCUUGAAGGUCCCUAUAGGCUAAAGCAGUUUCAUUUUCAUUGGGGAAUGAAGCACAGCCAGGGAUCAGAGCAUACAGUUGACAGCAAAUCUUUUCCUUCUGAGCUCCACUUGGUUCAUUGGAAUGCCAGGAAAUAUGCAACAUUUGGAGAAGCAGCAGCAGCUCCAGAUGGCUUGGCGGUAGUUGGUAUUUUCUUGGAGACUGGAGAAGAACAUGUCAAUAUGAACAGACUAACUGAUACCUUGUACAUGGUAAAAUUUAAAGGGACAAAAGCUCAGUUCAGAACCUUCAACCCAAAAUGCCUCCUGCCCUCAAGUCUAAAUUACUGGACAUAUCCUGGUUCUCUAACAACACCUCCUCUAUAUGAGAGUGUAACGUGGAUAGUGCUGAAAGAGCCUGUCAGGAUUUCUGAGAAACAGCUGGAGAAAUUCCGAACUCUUCUCUUCACCAGCGAGGGAGAUGAAAGGAUCCAGAUGGUGAAUAAUUUUCGCCCCCCUCAACCUCUUAAGGGAAGAAAAAUUCGUGCUUCCUUCAAGGCCUAAAGAAGAAAAUUAAUAAUAAGCUUCAAACUUCCAAGUGCUUCCAUGUCCAAGUUCCACUGAUCUUCAGAUGAUUAUCUCAUUGAGAAAGCAAAACAGACAUUUCCACGAACACUCUGUGUUGUGGUACAGCAAAAAAGUCAAUACCUCUUGGUUUUAUGCUUUGAAUAGGCCAGAUCCCUUCUUUUAAAAUAAUUAUAAUGGGAUCUUGUUCUCUAAAAGAGAGAACAUUUUUAAAAAUCAGGAAUAAUUUAGUAAUCCAGGGUACUCCAGUAGAAUAGUGUGGUGAUAUUCCAAAUUAUGAAUGAUAAUUUUAAGUUUUGAUCUUAAUAUUUUAGAAUGGGAAAUUGCUUAUGCAAUGAUCUAAUAAUAGCGAUGGGCACAACUUCUAAUGAUUAGAGCUAUUGUUCAUAAUCUAAUAAAGAGUGGGAUAAUAUUAAUGAGCUCUGACAUUGGAAGAUCAAAGGCUUAGAUCUUCCUUCAGACUUCCUGUGGAUUCCAUUCAGUUUGACCAGCUCCUCUGGUUUAGAAGAUACUUUGACUAUAUUCUAAUUAAUUGCAGUUGCCUUCUUACAUGCAACCAGAGCCUGAAGCAGUAGCACAUACUAAAAAAAUAUGUGAUUUCUUCCAUUCACCUCAAAUGGGGUUGACUUUGAAGCCUAAUUCAGACAAUUUUAGUGUUAACAUUUUUAAAAUAAUAAUAAUUAUUAAAAAUAACUCGCAUAGCGUUAUAAAUGCACUCAGUGCUUCACAAAUAACCCAUCUUCCCUGCACAUUAUUGUACAUUGUACAAACAUUCACCCAAAGCCAGUAGGCCAUGCAUAAUUAUCGGGCCUUAAUGUUUAAUUCAGUUGAAAGGAUGUUCCCUAGGAAUAAGACUACAUUCAGAUGACUAAGACAGCUGUUACUGUCCUUAAAAUAACCAGAGUAAAUGCAGUGUUUACUAGUGCUUAAUGUUAUUCCACUUGGGUGGGAUUGUGAGAGUUUGCUAGCAAACUUAACCCAGAAGCAGUGAGGGCAGUUGACUUCUGAAUAAGCUAGGGCCGAUUGUGAUACUCCCACUCACGAAGAGUACUACGUUACCCCUCAAGCAGACCCACUGAAGUCAGUGUAUCACAAUAUAUCCAAUGUAAAUAUUUUAACUCUUCUUUGUGUUCCCAAUGACUAAAAUAGGAAUAAGGACAAAUCCCAGAAAAAACAAACACCCCUGCCACUGCAGAAUUAGUACACAGCUUUGGAAUACCCCAUGGACACCCACUUAAAAGUCGUACAGCUGCCUUGUGUCGUGAGUUUGUUUGAUCUUACCAAACUAAGCAGGGUUAGCCCUGUCAGUAUUGGGAUGGGAGGAUUUCUAAAGAACAUCUACCUAUCUGCUGCAUGAAAUGGUGCUGGGGAUCCAGUAGGUGGUGCUGUUCUGUAGGAGUGCCAAAUUGUGAAAUAAUGGACAAGGUACCAUGCUGCUGGAUGUUGUGUCUUUUAGUAAGUUAGGUGUAAAACUGACGUGGGUACACUUGUAAUGAUUGUUGUUAUGGCAUGGAUGUUAACCCUUCAAAUUCUACCUCAAGUCAGUGCAUUCCUAUGCAGCCUGGUUUCCUUCAUUUCUUGCCCUAAACUUUAUGAUGUUGCUGUGCAUAGUUAAGCAGAUGCUGUGUUCCUCUUUAGGGGGCCUGAUAUAGUUAUAACUUAACUUAACUGACUUCACUAGCAUUAUUCCUGACUUACACUGGUGUAGCUGAUGUGUGAAUCAUUCCCUAGGUUUCAGGGGUAAGUUGAGCCCUCCUUGUAGUUGUGAGGCUUCAACUCUGGGUGCCUUCACCUGUUCAGAGGAAACGUGCCCCCCAGCUAGGCAAAGUAUUAAUAUUAUCAGAAUUUCUGCCACUUUGGUGGCAAAAUUCUCCACAGACUUCUUUUGUACCAGCUAAUGAACCUGACAUUGAUGUUAGUUGUAACUGACAUCACUACAUUCCAAUUAGUUAUCGGAAAUCCUGAGACAA